CGCAUUUCAGACGCGUCAAGACGUGAGCAACCAUAUGAAGCCGUCUUUGCGGGUCCAACUCUUUCUGUCAACACCUACGCCCGUCGUCUUCCUGUUUUUGCUCUGCGCUCUGCGUGCGGAUUUUAGCGAGGAAAUAGACUGUGAACGAGGAGUCACCAUCUAAUAGAUAUCUUGCAGGCAAAAACAUCUUCAAGUACUCCCAGGAUACCAUGACCCCAGACGAGUUCGCCGCCCUCCUUGACACCCUCCAUGUAGGACUGGAUGAGGGCUUGAAAAUGAGGAAUGAGGCCCGGAACAGGCCUCAAGUCAAUCACAGCUACGGGUUCCCGCAGAACAGGGCUCAAGCCGUUCACCGCGUCCGAACUGCGGUCAAGAACAUUGGUGCUUAUAACGUCGCCAUCGUCUACGACAACGGACAGUCCGUCGAGAUGAUGAACCGAGAAUUCCUCUGCAGCACAUCACGGUACUUCGCGAAUGCCCUCAACGGGCCUUUCAAGGAAGCCAGCACCCAUAUCGUCCGUCUCCGCCACGACUUUCCCUGGGCUAUCUAUGCCAUGCUAGACUUCCUCAAGAACGGCUGCUACUACAUGUACCCACUCCUAUGCAAGCAGUACCCGCGUAUCACCAUUCUCGACCUCCACGUGCACGGCUACAUCGUCGCAGACAAGUACGAACUCUCCGCGCUUGCCGAAUACUCUGCCAAACACUAUCUCAGGAUCGCAGCCGAUACUCUCGCGCUCAACUGGCUGUUCGACGACCCCAACAACUACGACAACUCACUGAAUUCGGUUGUGCUUCUGUGGAGGAACACCGUUAGCCGCCAAGACGCGUUGCGCAAGGAAGUGUUGGAGAUGAUCAAGACUUGCUUCAUCAAGCUGAUGCGGCUCAAGUCUUUCCAGUUCCUGUUGCAUAAUCUGAGCGACUUCAUCCACGACCUGUAUGAGAGCUUUGGGGAGGAUGGCUUGCAGAUCCGGAUGCUAGCGAGGAAGCAUAAAGGAUACCGUGUCUCAUUUGCGGCGUGA